AUGUCGGAGCUGCAGGAGGAGCUGAGGAACCACCGACAUCGACUCAAGGUUCUGGAGAUGCAGGCGGAAGACAGCGCCACUUUAAACUCUACGUUUGAACAGCGACUGCGCUUUCUUGAACUGCGUCACGCUGAGGUUGACCCGCUGCUCCACGUGCACGCCGCAGUGUUGUACGAGCUGCAGGCGCAGGUCCGCAACAUGUCGGCGUCCGUGCAACACCUGCACCGCAACACCGGAUGUACCAUCAAUGUUCUAAGAGCAACGCCGCCACUCGGCAUGAGAGACACACUAUCACCAGAUGGACGGUACUUGUCCUUCUGUCCGUCCGACUGUGCUUCCUUGUACAUGAACGGCGUUCAUCGAUCUGGCGUUUACACGGUUGUCAUGUCGCCCGGCACCGCUCUUCCUGUGUACUGUGACAUGGAAACUGAGGGCGGUGGCUGGACAGUGUUUCAGCGGCGCCGCGACGGCUCUGUGAGUUUUAACCGUGGAUGGUCAGAGUACCGUGACGGAUUUGGUGAACCGCGAGGAGAACACUGGCUGGGAAACCAACACAUCCAUUUCCUGACCAACCAGGGUACCUACAGCCUCCGUAUUGAUCUGCAGGACUGGAGCCACGCCCACAGACACGCCCUGUACCAGUCCUUCAGGAUCGACAGUGAGGAGAAUGGCUAUCGCCUGCAUGUGUCUGGUUUCAGUGGGACGGUGGAGGACUCCUUUGGCUGGUACCACGACCAGCACAGUUUCAGCACCCCGGACACGGGGAACAUCUGUGCUGAGAUCAGUCACGCUGGCUGGUGGUUCCACCAGUGUUUCUACGCCAACCUGAACGGAUUUUACUACAAGGGUGGCCACUACUCCCUGAAAGCCCACAGCUUGUUAGGGCCGGACGGCAUCGUCUGGUUCUCCUGGAAGGACUCGGAUUUCUACUCUCUGAAGGCGGUGACCAUGAUGAUACGGCCACGCAGCUUCAGGCCACGCCUCUCGCCAUAA